AUGACCAAGACCAAAAGAAGUAAAGAAAUUUGCGGAACUGUACCGUCUCAAAAAGGAAAUGAUAAGUUAAAUUUGCAUGGUUAUUUAAUGGUGAAAGAGCGGAACAGAGGGAGCAGAUAUUACUGGUGUUGUGAGAAGAGGAAAUCAAAAGGUUGUGGUGGCCGUGCAGUAACAGUUUUAAAGAAUGGCGUACAUUAUCUAAUAAGUGGAG